ACUUUCGAAAUCCCAAAAACAAAAUGAUGAAGCUGGGAAUUACCCAUUUCUUGUUAUGCAUUUAUUUUCUUCUUCUUGUUCUCAAUUCAACAUCUCACGAAGUUGAUGAUGAAAGAGAAUUUGAUUAUGAUGAAAAAAGUGGAAAGGGACCAGCUCAAUGGGGAGAGCUCCACCCAGAAUGGAGCAUGUGUAAAAAUGGAUCAAUGCAAUCUCCAAUUGAUUUGUUGGAUGAGAGAGUUGAAGUAGUUUCCUAUUUAGGGAGACUUAAGAGGAGUUACAAUCCCUCCAAUGCAACUAUUACCAACAGGGGCCAUGACAUGAUGUUGAAAUGGGAAGGCUAUGCAGGAUAUAUUGAAAUAAAUGGAACUCAAUAUGAACUGAAACAGUGCCACUGGCACUCUCCUUCUGAACACACAAUCAAUGGCAAAAGAUUUGAUAUGGAGGCUCACAUGCUUCAUGAGAGCUCAGAUGGAAAGAUUGCUGUUGUUGGAAUCAUAUACAAGCUUGGCCGCCCUGAUUCUUUCUUAUCAUCGUUGGCGGAUCAUUUAGCAGCCAUUACCGAUACUAGAGAAGCAGUGAGUGUAGCGGGCAUUGUGAACCCAAAGAAUAUAAAGAUAGGGAGUAGAAAGUAUUAUAGAUAUAUUGGCUCCCUCACAGUUCCCCCAUGUACUCAAAAUGUUGUGUGGACUAUUGUCAAAAAGGUGAGAACUGUUUCACAAGAACAAAUCAGGUUGCUUCGUGUGGCCGUUCAUGAUGAUUCAAAUACUAAUGCAAGACCACUACAACCAAUAAACAGGCGCUCAGUGCAUCUUUAUAGACCAAGUGAAGGCAAAGAGGAUUAAAAUCUUAUGAUUUUACAGCAAUCACUCAACAUAUAUUACAUGCUUUUAGAAGUGGACGGCAGAAAUAUGUUGAGGGUUGAACCAUUUUUGCCCUAAUUACCCUAUUAUAUAUACUUUUCAGUCAUUAUCUAUAUAUGGUUCCUUUAUAGUUAAGUUGUAGGGACAUGGUGAUGGUUUGAUAGAGGAUACUGUG